AUGAACAGACAAGCGCAAAACAACCCGCCCGCGAGGGUUGUGUAUCUGGGGUCUAUUCCCUACGAUCAAACGGAGGAACAGAUUCUCGACCUGUGCUCGAAUGUAGGCCCAGUGGUGAAUCUAAAGAUGAUGUUUGACCCGCAAACUGGAAGGUCAAGAGGGUACGCCUUCGUCGAGUAUAAAGAUCUGGAAGCAAGUGCCAGUGCAGUGAGAAAUCUCAAUGGCUACCAGCUGGGUAACAGACACUUGAAGUGCGGGUAUUAUAGCGGGGGAGACUCGGGGAUGCCUGGGGGACCGGGAGUCGGUGCUGGUAGCAGCGCAGGCAUGCAAAGCGACGAAAACAAAAACCCAGCAUUUUUGGGACUGCCGGCAGGGGUAGAUGUAAAUAUCAAUAUGACUACGCCCGCGAUGAUGAUUUCUAGUGAGAUAGCAAGAGGGUCCAAACAAGAACAACUGGACCUCCUACGAGAUUUACAGGCAAUGGCACGCAACAACGCGGAGCUGUUCACUAGCUUGCUCGAAGAAUGCCCGCAGCUGACAUUCGUUGUUGCAGAGCUUUUACUGACGUCAGGACUCAGCACGGUUGACGACUUGACGCAGUUGGCUGUACAAAACGUCGCUUCUACCGCCAACCCAGAGCCCAACCAGGACCCGAAAACUCUAGAGCAUCAGAAGGAGCUACUCAGACAAGUGUUGCAACUGACGGAUAGCGAAAUUGCCGUCUUGCCCGAAGACGAGAAAAUGUCGCUGUGGGAUCUCAAGCAAAAGGCCAUGCGCGGCGAAUUCGGUAUGAUAUAA